UUGAUAGUUGGUUUCUUUGAAGCAAGUGUUGUUACUUGUUGCAUGAAAUUUUGGUUCAGAGAAAUUGGAUUUUAUAUAUCAUACGGUGCAUUACUAUUGAAAACUUGGAGGAUAUCUGUCGUAUUUCGUGUAAGAUCAGCUCAAAGAGUGAAGAUAUCAGAUGGGGAUUUGAUAAAACGUUUGUUUUGCAUGGUAAUGAUAAUCAUAUCGUACUUGUCUGUUCGUACGUUCGUUGGGAUGCCCGAAGUUGUUCAAGGCAAAGAUGUCAAUGGACUAAAAGCUUAUCAAUGUUCUUCAGACUGGUGGGAUCAUUCUGCUGCUAUAGCUGAAUUAUUAUUACUGUUAUGGGGAGUUAGACUAUGUGUAGUUGUACGAAAAGCUCCAUCAGAGUUUAACGAAAGCAGAUUUAUAAGUUGGGCAAUCUACAACGAGUUUCUUCUUUCCCUAUUCUUGAAUGUUAGCACAAUAUUUUUAAAAGACCCAUUUCCAACCAAUCCAGAUCUAUUGUACUUAGUUUUAUUUAUUCAUACUCAGCUCACAACUACAGUUACAUUAGCAUUUUUAUUUGGAAGUAAGGCAUAUUUAGUGUAUAAAUACUAUGGAAAAGAACACCAAGGUCAACAACAAUCUACAAUGCUCAGUCGUGGCUCUAAAUAUACCAUGGGACCUAAACCAACCAGUACUAUCAGCAAUGUUGUCUCUAACAAUGGAUAUGAUGAUAAAGUUGAAGAUCCAGAAGAAUGUGAUAGUUUUUUAGAGAAAGAUAUUCAGGAGGAAUUUCGACGUUUAUAUACUCAACUAGAGAUUUUAAAACAGAGAAACAUGAAAUUGGGUAACCGACAUUUACAACACAAACUAUCAGCUAUGACUGAGGCAGCAAAGAAAGAAGAUCAGAUCGAUUCAACACCGAGUUCGCCCAAUUUAAACGGCAAACGUAUUAUAAUCAAUUUAGACAAUUACAACGAUUCAACUAAUGUUUAG